UCAAUUUGGUUCAAGUUUUGCUCACGGGACCGUGCAAAUAUUUUGGGUUUCAUUAAACAAAUACCAUGGAUAAGAUGAAUGUGCAUUCAAUCGUUGAGACAGCCGCCGAAAUUGGGGGUCCAAAAAAGCAGGACACCAAAAUGACGGUGAUGAGUCUACAGGAUUGCUGCAAGUCUGUGAUCGAGAAACAUUGCCUCAAACGUGUCGAUAAGGCAUCGAUACCCUCCUCUCUCGGACCAAAGAAGGAAACGUACGCCGGGGCUGCCAAAUUUCUGAUGCCGGCCGAAAAGGCAGCUCCUGUAUCGCCCAUGGCCGCCUUCAAUGCGGCAUUCCAUUUGGCCAGCGAUAUGAAGAUGUGCCUCAUGCCGCAAAAAAAUUUGGAGCAUUUUCAAAUCCGUAAUAUCCAGAAGGAUUAGCAUUUUAACACUCGAUUUUGACCCCCCUUAAAACAAAAAUAUAACCACAAAUACUUUAGCUACAGAGAUUGUGUUUCAUAAGGAGCUUAAAUGU